AGCGCACAGAAGAUUUGACUUGCUCUUAGCAAUAAUCAUUCGGUUGCCAGCAAUAAUAUUCAAAUUUUCUUAGUCCUACAGAAGUAUCAAGCCAAUUUGUAUGUAGGACGGGCCAGCCCUGUUUAUCUACAAUAUGCAAAAAGGAAUAUUUCUGCAGAUAUCAUUUGCUUUUACCAUAUGCGGUAGCUUUAGCCUCGGAAUAAUUGCUCUUGCUUUAAAUGAUACAUUUGCAGCUCCUUCUCCGACCGCACGGGAACAGUGUUACAGUGCAACAAACAUCCUUGGUGUGAUAUCCCUUGCCACUGCUUUUAUUAUCUACCUAUGCGUGAUUAUCCUGAAGAAAGAUGGAAAUCGACGGCUAAUAAUCACCGUAUUUCUACUUGGUUGCAUAGGAUUGCUUUUCUAUGCUAUCGCAUGCGGGUGCUACUUUUCAAGCAAUCCGCCUCUUGGAGCAUGGCUAUUCUCAGCUUUAUGGAUUGCAGUCGGAGUGGUUGGAAUCGGACUGGAUUUUCUCUUCAUAAAUCCCCUGGACAUACGAAACGGAUCAAGAUUUAAAGCUGAAACAUUAUGAUCAUCCAGAUAGCUGAGCGAUUUCUAUGCGGUUGUACGUAUUUGCACAAACUCGCUUGUAGAAGGCACAAAAGCGUUCCAUAAUAUAAAUCGGUUAACUUUUUAAAAA